AUGCAAGCGCAAAUAAUAAUAAUCUUGACCUUAGUCUCAUGUGAAAUUCACGGGGGAAUCCAUCAGCAUUUGUGCAGAGUUCAAUUUAACGGGAUCACGGAAGGAAAACCGUUCCGAUAUAAAGAUCAUAGGAAUGAUGUAUAUUGUUCUUAUUUGGGAAUUCCUUAUGCCGAACCGCCUAUUGGACCAUUACGAUUUCAGUCUCCAAAACCAAUAUCAAAUCCCAAAACAGGAUUCGUACAGGCUCGGACUUUAGGAGACAAAUGUUUCCAGGAAAGUCUAAUAUAUUCUUAUGCAGGAAGCGAAGAUUGCUUAUAUCUGAAUAUAUUUACACCAGAGACUGUUAAUUCUGCGAACAAUACAAAAUAUCCUGUAAUGUUUUGGAUCCACGGAGGCGCAUUCAAUCAAGGAUCAGGAUCUUAUAAUUUUUUUGGACCUGAUUAUUUAAUCAGAGAAGGAAUUAUUUUGGUGACUAUCAACUAUAGAUUAGGAGUUUUCGGCUUUCUAUCAGCGCCUGAAUGGGAUAUCCAUGGAAAUAUGGGUCUAAAAGAUCAGAGACUGGCACUAAAAUGGGUUUACGACAAUAUCGAAAAAUUUGGUGGAGACAAAGAUAAGAUCACUAUAGCUGGAGAAUCUGCUGGAGCAGCAAGUGUCCAUUUUCUGAUGAUGGACAACUCGACUAGAAAAUAUUACCAGAGAGCUAUUUUGCAGAGUGGGACUUUGCUUAAUCCGACUGCUAAUCAAAUUCAACCUCUGCAUCACAAUUAUGCAGAUCGUUUUAUACAGAUGAGAAUUCACAUGUACCAAGAAUCGAACCUUGAGGAACACCAAGCUUCAUAUUGA